CACCUCCGGCAGCUCCUGCUGACGGUCGAUCAAGCAGAAGACAAAAGCUCCCUCAUGAAGAAGUACAUGCAGGAGCCGUUAUUCGUUGAGUUUGCAGACUGCUGCUUGGGGAUUGUUGAGCCUCCGGAGAAGGAGAACGUUCUUCCUGAGUGA